UGGGUUUCUCUUUAAAUCUGCUCACGAUCUUCUCCUCUUUUUGUCUCAGGGAGUUUGUCUGGCCCUUUGCCGCAUCUAGAAAUAUAAUUAUAUCGUAUCAAAAUUCUGGUGUCUGUGAAGCUGCUUUGUGACAGUGUGUAUCAUUAAAAAUGCUAUACAAUGCUAACAAUGAUGGUGCGAAUCUAAUGAGGAUGAAUGAUUGAACACUUUUUUUUUCUAGAAGAAGCACAUCCAGUCCUCCUCCUCCUCCUCCUUCGCAUCAUACGACUAAUUUCUACAUAUCAACAGCGCUGAAUCUACUCCACCUUGCUAUUCUCCAGCCAUUAUAGCCUGCAGGUUCAGAGGGCUCAGACUCCUCUGAAUGAUGACUGAUUCAGAUACAUCAUCCUCAUCUGAUCCCCUGCUGCACAAACCCCAUGCUCCCCUCCCACUCUCUUUCCCUUUUCUGAGAGGUGGAAGUCAUGUCUGGGAGAGGAAACCGCCACAAGCUGGAGAGCCACCUAGUCCACUUCCCACCAAGCGCAAUCGCUCCUACUCUGCUACUGUGAGGUCCAGAUCUGGACCAGUUUUCAAGGGAGUCUGCAAAAAUUUCUCUAGAUCCCAAGGACAUGGUUUCAUCCGUCCUACUCAUGGAGGAGAGGACAUAUUCGUUCACAUUUCAGACAUUGAGGGUGAAUAUGUACCAGUUGAGGGGGAUGAAGUAACCUACAAAGUGUGCCCUGUCCCACCGAAGAAUCUGAAGUUCCAAGCUGUAGAAGUGGUAAUCACUAACCAGACACCAGGAACAAAGCAUGAGACAUGGUCUGGACAAGUCAUCAGCUCAUAGCUAAGACAUUUAAGUUUUCUAGAAUGAAAAACAGAAGUUUGGGCAGGAAGAGUUCUGACACGGAGAAGGAAAAUACAAUGGUACAAAUUAGAUGAAGGCUUUAAAUACAUAUUUUUGCCAACUUAAACUUGAAAUCGUGUUAUAUGUAGGUAUGGUUAUGGUUAAAUUUGGGGAUGCGUAACUUCUGGGUCUUUAGCUUGACAAGUAAUAUCUGCUAACAAUUAUUGAAAAGUGGUCCAACUAACUGGAGUCAAAAGUUAGUUUGUCAGGACUGAGCUUUUAAGAUCUGGUUAGCACUGAUUUUGUCUCUGUGUCUGUAUGUCCGCAUUUAUUUAUUUAUUUUUAAGGGUGAAGUGGAUUUUAUUCUAUUGGUGCAUUGUAAUUACAUAUUACAGACAAAAAUGCAUUUGUGUUUUAUUAAUAAACAGUGUUACUUAUAUUCUUAAUAACUAUAGAACAAAUGUGAAAUUUCCGCAAAAAAACAAAUAUUAUUUCCUUACCUCACAGUUGGGAUGGACAAAGAACUGAGAAAUUGUACUUAAGUGACAUUAUAGUUAAUGUGUCAUAAUCUUAAUCAAAUAAAAAUGUAAGUUUCCUGUCAAAAAUGUAAUCAAGUGGAAAUCAAAAUGUUGCCUAGUUACUUAGGGAUUGGUGUGUGCAACUCCAGGUUCCACACUGCAUUAAAUUAUUCAUGUUCAGACACACGUAGUUAGCUAUAGCUAUAGUUAAAUGAGAAGGAUGAGGUUUAUAAGUGGUAUUUUAAAGCUCUACAUGAACAUUUAAGGAAAUUAAGCACUUGUUUUUAAAAUGUAAUUAGGUAAGGGUAAAAGUAUUCAACAAUUAAGUAUAAAUACAGCACAAUAAUAAUGCAUAAUAAUUAUACAAUUACCAGUACUCAAAUAUUGUCUACCCCUGCUCAAAAUAGUAAAUUGUUUUCAUGAACAAUGGAUGCUCACACCUUUAAUUUCUCUGAUAAUGAACUGUUAAUUUGUGAAAAGCUGUUUAAUGAUGUUUCAUUGUCACCUUUUCUGUAACAAACGGUUCCUUUUUAAAGAACAUCAAAAACCAAGUACUUAAUUAAAUACACCAGUCAAAGUCACUUCUUUCACACCUUCAAUUAAACUGUUUUAUUUUAUUGUCUACAAUGUAAUAAAUAUGGUUGUCUGAA